AUGUCUGACCUGCCCAGCAGAAUUCCCGCGCCACCGAACCCCGGUGACGCUCGCUCGCUCGCUCCCGACGAUAGAGGCGUCUCGUGCCGGCGAUCAGUCCAUCUCGAAGCCGCGUCUGUCGGCCUCGAACCUCCACCUCGUCCAGCAGAAGCUCCGGUCGGCGUUGCAGGUCUCGACCCGUCAACGACUGCUGCUCCUGCGCAACGCCGUCCCCGGCGCAGGCUCUCGCAGGACCUCAGCGAAGAGGAAGAUCCAGAAGAAGAUUCUGCUCUUUCGGCCUCCUUUGUCCACCGGCGUAGCGUCUCCUUUGCCGAACCGGCGAGAAGAGAGCCUCCUCACCCAGCCGUCCGGAUCUCCAAGCGGACCCACAGUGCCAUUCUUUGGACUCUGGAAGAAGCACUGAGGCAGCCGUACCCCUUUAGCCCGGACCUGGAAGAGGAAACCGCCUCUAUGGCUGACCUGCUCGGCACCCCCGGCGGGCCGGCCGUCUCCAACGGCCAUGACAUACCCUCGACGCGGCCGACCGCGCCGCCCCAGACCAGCUCGCCUGCGCAGGGGAUUAAGGGCCCCCGGAUGAUCAUGCGCGAGCGGCAAGAGCGGGAAGCAAGGCAAAAGGCGGAGAGGGAGAGGCUGGAACGAGAGCGAGAGCGAGAGCGCGCAGAGCAAGAGGCUCGGAUAGCCGAAGAGCAGUUCAGGCAGGCCGCCGCGGAACGCGAGCAGCGGGCCGCCGCCGCUCCCAGCGCCGCCGCACAAGCUCCAGCGCAAGAAGUCGACCCGGCGAUCCAGCGACGCCAGCAGCGAGCAGCCGAGGCCCAGCGGGCGUCGGCAGCAUACUCGCACGCCGCACCGCCGGCGCAGGCACCAGCCCCACAACAACAGCAACAACAACAACGGACCUCGCGACCUGCAGAUGCUCCAGUCGGCGGGCCUGCAGCUCCUGCUCCCAGUAGCGUUCCUCUCGGGCCUUCUGGCGUGCAGGCGGGCGAGAGCUCCGGGGCCGCCGGCAACCGCCCGCGGAACUCGUUCCCCCACGCCUUUGAGCGGUGGGAGGCCCUGUCGGCGCACUGGGAGGGCCUGACCAGCUUCUGGAUCCGGCGCCUGCAGCAGAACACGGACGAGAUAGACCGGGACCCGCUGUCGCAGCAGCUCUCGCGGCAGGUCACGGACCUGUCGGCGGCGGGGGCCAACCUGUUCCACGCCGUGGUGGAGCUGCAGAAGCUGCGGGCGAGCUCGGAGCGCAAGUUCCAGCGCUGGUUCUUUGAGACGCGCGCGGAGCUGGAGCGCCACCAAGAGGUCAACGGCGUGCUGGAGGCGGCGCUCGAGGACGAGCGGCGCGGCCGGGCCGGCGCGAUCCGCGACGCGGUCGAGCAGGAGCGCGCGGCCUCCAAGACGCAGCGGCAGCUGGCCGAGAUGCGCAAGGAGCUCGCCAUCUCCAAGGAGGAGGCCCGGCGCGCGUGGGAGGAGCUCGGCCGCCGCGAGCAGGAGGAGCGGGACCGCACGACGUCGCUGCAGGAGGGGCUGCCGACCAUCGUCGGCGGCGUGCAGGUCGUGCCCAUGACGCAGGGGAUCCCGAGCCGGCAGGGCAGCAGCGCCAGGGACCCGCGGGCCGUGCAGCAGCAGGCCCAGCAGCAGCAGCAGGCCGAGUCGUCGUCGCGGCGCCAGGGCCAGGGCCAGUCCCAGCCCGCCGCCCAGCAGCAGGCCGCGCCUUCCGGCGGCGGCGCGUAUGGCCAGCCGGAGAUGGGCCACCCCGAAGACGAUGGUCGGUAUGGCGGACAGGGCUCUGAAGGUGGUUAUAGCGAAGAAGAAUACGAGACGCCCGGAGCACAGCCCGGCGUCAGCUAUCCUCCAUCCAGCUCACAGCAGCAAUACUACUCCGGAGGACCAGACUACGCCGGCCAGGGAUACGCUGCACCGGGGUGGGAGACGGUCCCGCGGCAUCACCAUCCCACGCGUCUCAGUGACGUGAUCGAAGAGGACGACGAGCGGAGUAGGACCUCAGCUAGCCAGGUCAGCCGGCCGUGA